AGGUGAUCUGUCGUCGUUCCAAACAAGGAAAUCUUAAGCACCGAGGCUGUCGUGAGAACAUCACUCUGGACAGCUCGUCAUAAGGGAGUGGGCAGCUUUCCUUCAAAGUGAUCGUGCCAAUUCAAUUCAACCCCCUGGAUCCGAAACCCUUGCAUUGCAAAUUUGCGUCUCAUUCUUGUUCCCUUGCACACAUCACGUCACAACUACACGGCAACAACCUGAGAUAUCAUUACCAUGGCGCAACUCAAUAGACUUCAGACAUUUCCCAACAAGCCGAGAGUGUUUGUCCUCACAGACAUCUCGAACGAGCCCGACGACGCCGAGUCACUCGUCCGCUACCUUCUCUACUCCAACCAGUUCCAGACCGAGGGCCUUGUCGCCGUUUCAUCAACAUGGAUGAAGAACAAAGUCUGCCCUCAAGACAUCCACAAGAUCCUCGACGCAUACGCCGGCGCCGUGGAUAACCUAAACAAGCACACGCAUCCGGACUACCCUUACCCCUCAGCCGAUAGCCUACGCGCCUUGGUCAAAUCUGGUCCCGCGGUCUACGGAUUCGCCGGUGUAGGCGCGGACAAGCCUUUGACCGACGGCGCUCAGCUACUCCUCGAGAGAAUCGAGGCCUCUUCACAAGAUCCCCUUUGGGUGCUAGUCUGGGGCGGCACCAACGUCCUUGCCCAGGUCCUCCUCACCAUCCGAGACAAACACUCCCCCGAAGAAGCAGCCAAGUUGCGAUCGAAGCUGAGAGUUUACACAAUCUCCGACCAGGACGAUACUUCCGCCUGGAUCCGCACACAGUUUCCCGACGUUUUCUACAUCUCCUCCAUCCACGGCUGGAACCAAUACGGACUGGCAGCGUGGACGGGUAUUUCUGGAGACAAGUACUACGGUUUCGACCAGGGCGGUCCAGACUUCUCCAAGGUCUCAAAGCAAUGGAUCAAGGAGAACAUUCAGAUCGGCCCGCUAGGCUCUGCGUACCCCGAUUUCCUCUUCAUCCCAGAGGGUGAUACCCCUACAUUUCUCUACCUUAUCCAGAACGGUCUAGGUGACCGAGAGCAUCCAGACUACGGCUCAUGGGGCGGUCGUUAUGCGCUCACCGACGCCAGUGACGCUGGCCAGCAAGGCAAGCAUUACAGCGACAUGUCCGACUCGGUCGUCGGUGUCGACGGCAAAUCAUACCGCUCUAACCAGGCCACUAUCUGGAGAUGGCGUGAUACAUUCCAAAAUGAUUUCGCGGCACGCAUGCAGUGGUCACUUAACCCAGACCUUGCUUCAACAAAUCACCACCCCAUCGUCGUCGUCAAUGGUUCCCAGAGCCUGGAGCCGCUGUAUUUCGAGGCUGAAGCCGAUUCCACUAUCGAGCUAGACGCCUCAGAGACGUACGACCCCGACGGAGAUAAGUUGACGUUCAAGUGGUGGCAGUACCGCGAGCCCAGCGCUUCACAGUGGCUAGUCCACUUUGAAGUUUCGGAACUCGGCAUCGAAAAGCUGGACGAGGAGGGAAAGAAGAUCAAGGUCACCGUGCCUGAACCUGAGAAGUCUUGCAUGGAGCUCAUUAGCCGGCAACCGAUUGCGAAGGGCCAGUUGCUGCAUCUCAUCUUGGAGGUCACUGAUAAUGGAACGCCGGCGUUGACAAGUUACCGCCGUGUCUUGAUUCAAGCCACGAAUAAGGAUUUAAGAGGAGGCAAGCCUUGGAAAGAAGGGGAAGAGUUGUUGGCUAUUGGUGAUGCCAUGAAGGAUUAUACUGGAUGAGAGGGCCAAAUGGACAGCCCUGAAAUGAAAUGAAAGUCAAUUUUGAAGCUCACCUACCAAAUCUAUGGCUACUGGUACUUGGUCAUUGAUUUACGACGUCACUGAACAUUGGGUGAAGGAGUUAUGACUAAAAGUGCGAAACAGACUGCAUAAGCAACCCCUAGAGGCAUUGCUGAUGCGUGUGCGCGAACACAGGAAACGCAAGAAAGGCUGCUUACAUCUCGUUUUGGGUAGCAUUACGGCCAAAACGCGUAGUUGAUACGUAGAAUAUCUUCUCACUAUCCCCUCGGAAGGCGAAUAUUCCAAGCAGAG